AGUGAGAAGUGAGAACCCCCGAGUUUGGUAAUCUGCCCUGCUCCUCCCCUCCCAGGAGAUCGGCGACGGCUUCUCGGGAUUCUGCAACGAUUUCUCUGCCUGUAUAUUCAUAGAACCAUUCAAGUCAGUUGGGAGAAUGGUUUAUAUAACUUCAUGGGACGAUUUCGUCGAGAGAUCGGUUCAGAUGUUUCGCGCCGAUCCUGAUGCUACGCGCUAUGUCAUGAAGUACAGACACUGUGAUGGUAAAUUGGUCCUGAAGGUCACCGACAACCGGGAGUGUCUCAAGUUUAAGACAGACCAAGCACAGGAUGCUAAGAAGAUGGAGAAGUUAAACAACAUAUUCUUCACUCUGAUGGCCCGUGGUCCUGAAGCUGACAUAUCAGAAGUUUCCGGAAAAGAGCAGAUGGAAGCACAGUCAUCGAAGAAAGGAAGGGGAAGGAAACAGUAGGAAACAAUAGUGCUGUUCGAGGCUUGGCAAAUAGGUGUAGGACAACAAAUAUAAUCAUAAUCUCAUGCUGUCUCAAUUCUCUGUUCUAAUCUUUUCCUUUUUCCUUUUUUUAUUUAAGUUCUGAAGUAAUAGUCCCUGGGAUUCAUGGGAUGCUUCGUUGGCUUGACGGUUGACUAAGAACUCUGUCAAAAGCAUACUAGAAGUGGUAAUGUUAUGGUGUUUGUAGUUCAUCUCUAUGAUUUUCCUUUAAAGUUACAAAGCAUAAUAAAAUCUGGCUUGGCAAAUGGUUUAUUUA